GCGAAUCAUAAGAUGAACUUGUCCUGAGCGCCCACAAGAGCGCGAUAGCAUUUCAAGAAAGCGCCAGAAACGCGGUCAAUGACGGCUAUUGUUUUGGAAAGUGAGACCCCUGAUUACACCGCUUGGAUUCCACCCUCAUCUGAGACGGUGGUCUUACCCGUACUACUCUCUUAAUUCCUUGAUGGCACAUACGGAUUCUUCCUCCUCGUCAUUCUACGCGGGUCAUCCCACCGCUCAAGAUUCGUCUCUGUCACCCGGUGUACCAACGCGCUGCUAUUGGUCUCUUCUCUCCCCCAACCUGGACUUUAUAUAUCUCGACCCCGUCCUCGCCCAGCAUCUCGGCCAACAAGCUCAGGAGCUUCUAGGCAAGUCCUUGGUAACUUUCGUUCAUCCGGACGAGCAGUCCUCUGCACAUCAAGACCUCGGCAAUGUUCUCGAGAGUCGAACUUUACAUGGAAGUGUUACUCGCGUUCGCUAUUCGCGUCUGUCCCGCAUACGACGAGAACUAGGAUACCAGGGUCCUGUGUCGUCAUGGAGCAACGCAGAUAAAAUAGCAUUGGACGACAACUAUAUCGCUGUGGAUAUCGUCAUCAAUUGGGCCGCGGAGGGCGUCGUCCUCUGCUUUAUCCACGCGGUUGUCGACCUCACGCCCAAAGACAACGACGAGAGUCAAAAGACCGAUUGGUCAAACUGGUGUGGUACUGAUGUUCUCAGCGAAGAGCAGACCGACAUCCUAUUCCGCCGUCUGAUUGUCUGCGCUCCUCAGCUGAACAAAAUGAACCGCGUCUUCCAAAUCCUUUCCAACGAACCGAAUCGCUCGCUCUUAAUCAGCUGGCCGCCGGAUCAACAGCAGGGCCCUCACGGCACUGACUUUGCCAGACUCGUUGAAGACGUGAAUAUCGGCCCGGGUGCUACAUCCGGCAACGAGGCAAAGACGAGUUGCACCCGCAGGUUCAAAGCAUUGCAAACCUUGCCUGCAGUCGCGGGUGAGGUCGAAAGCAUAUUCAUUCCUCAUGGUUCCGUCAUAUUUGCCUGCCACAAAGUGAAUCCCCCUUCUCGCAGCACCGCCACGUCCUCCGCCAACAUGCAGAUUGCCUACAACAACACAAGCUUCCCCGCCCAAAGCCCUUAUUACGAGCACCACCAGGGCCCGUCAUACGGUCUGCCACAAGGUUCCGCUUCCUACAACUAUCUCGCCCCGCCUCCGUCCUCACAGCCAGAGCCGGCCCCUUAUUCGCAAGCCUACGGCGGCAGCCAAUGGGCAUCAUCCUCGACGAGCAAUAGGACUUAUCCUCACGGGCAGACGUGGCCUUCACAGGCUCCGUUUCUCGACAACCCAUCGAGUGGAUCUCCGUUCCAUCGGUCGAUAUCUCCCGGAUAUGCAUAUAGUGGCAAUCCACCUGAGGAAACAGGCAGCGAGGGCGUUCCCGCUCCUAAACGUCGGGUGAGUCCGGGAUCUGGUCGGGAUUCGACGGGAUCUGGUCGAAGUGGCGGAACACGGCCUGUAGGGGUGGUCAAGUGUGCCAGCUGCAAGGCGACGACGAGUCCUGAAUGGAGAAAAGGGCCGAGUGGAAAGAAGGAGCUCUGCAAUGCAUGUGGACUCCGAUAUGCUCGGUCUAGGGCCAAAAAGGAAGGCAAUCAGGCCCAGCGCAAACGAAAGGAGAAAGGGGCGCCGAUAAAGAAAGAUUCUCCAGCACCAACGAACUCAUCGACACCUGUCUAUUCUGCUAUAAGACAUAUGUACGACGAAGGAUUCGAGGACAGCACAUCCUCGCCGUCUCCCCCAGCUGCGGGGAUGAACUUCGUCCAUUAUUCUCCUAACGACGUGCGAGGGCGGUACCAGACCGGCCCCAGCGCGAUUUACUCCGUUCCUUCGCCAUUGGCAACGAACUCACCCGUCCAAUCUUCCAGCAACCCAUCCUAUUCGGGCCGCGUUUCUCCUGCAACCCACUCCCCACUCUCGACGGCUCCAUCUUUCGAGCGCGACCGCGACCGCGAGCUCGCUGUCCCUCCCGCUGGUCGUCGCACCAUCCUGACCCAGCAAUAGUCCCGAAGGUGGACAGUCUCUUAACUUUUUCGGUCACGUCUCGAACUGUUAUUCAACUUCCAAGUAAAAUAUUUCUUCGCGCACUCGUCCAUAAUAACGGCCAUCGGUGGGAUUACCUGCUAGGGUCGUUCAGUUAUAUGUAUUCACUUCCUUUACUUCGUAAAUGCCGUAUAGCAGGAUAAAUAACUCGUCUAUUGUAAUAUACUGUAUCGCCGACUACUUAUUACAUGCAUGAAGCACACGGGCGUAGACGCGGACGCGUCUUGCUGA